CACCCCACGAUAUGAAUCGCGACGGUUGCCCACCAUAACCAACCAAUAAAUUUAGCUCCAAAGCUAUCAUUAGAUUCAGUGAAUUUUACUUGCUCAAAACCGAAAUUCUUCUCUCAGAAUUGGAUUGCAAUGGCCACCUUUCUCACCCAAGAAGCUUGCCCAGCUAUCAAGAACAUACUUCUGUUGGAUUCUGAAGGGAAGCGUAUAGCUGUUAGGUACUUUUCCGAUGAAUGGCCAACAAAUACUGCAAAGCUUGCUUUCGAGAAGUCUAUUUUUACAAAAACUCAAAAGACAAGUGCCCGCAGUGAAGCUGAGAUAACAAUGCUCGAAGACAACAUUAUCAUCUAUAAGUUUGUUCAAGAUCUGCACUUCUUUGUGACUGGGAGCAUCACUGAAAAUGAACUGAUUCUAGCAACCGUUCUACAGGGCUUUUUUGAUUCAGUCACCCUUCUCCUCAGGAACAAUGUGGACCAAAGGGAGGCACUUGAGAACUUGGAUCUCAUUCUUUUGUGCUUUGAUGAGAUUGUUGAUAGAGGUGUUGUUCUUGAAACAGAUGCUAGUGUUAUUGCUGGAAAAGUAGCCAACCACAGUGUUGAUGAUGGAUCAACACUGUCUGAGCAGACAAUUUCCCAAGCUCUGGCCACAGCACGCGAGCAUUUGACAAGAUCACUUCUGGGAUGAAGCAUCAUCUACUUAUACAGUACAUCCAUACGAAGAAUUGAUUAUAUUUCCUUAUCAUCUUUUCGACAAUGUUCUUCUCAAAAUACGAACGGAUCAUGUUUGAUUCUACGACCACCUCUUGUUCCAUUGAAUGAAUUCUUUAAACCAUUUUUCCAACACUUUGAUAGAUUGCAAAACAAAGGAUGCAGUUCUUCGGGGUCAAGAAUAGCUAGUGUUAUGUGUUUAUAUCCUUGUGUUUGUUGAGUGAAUGGGUUCUGCUUAUUCAAGGUACAUGAAAUUCUUGUGUACUUGAGAUAUUUUUCUUGAAUAAAUUGAUUUCAUUCUAUUAA